GUAAAAAUUGGUUGUUUCUGCACGAUCUCCCAGACUUACAGUUUUGCUCGACCACUCCUCCAAAAAACAUGCGUUUUGUCUAGUCCUACUUUAGAAAAUUCCUAAACACCACUAAAAUGUGGAAGAACAACAAAUACCUCAACUAUUUGUGCAUCGGGGUCGUCAUUUUCUCCCAGAUCAUUAGUGGAUUCCUGCAACAAGUUAAUUUACUACCUCACCUGAACAAGGAACACGAACACUUGAACAACUUGCAUAAAAGCACGCUUCAUUUGUGCGUUCUUUUAAAUCUGACGGGGAUACUCAGCGGUUUUUCGCUACUUUUUGCAGUGAUUUUGCGACAAACAAAGCUCGUCUUGUGUCACAUCACCAUGAACGCUGUGUGUGCAGUGGUGGUUCUAAUUUAUUUCGUAGUGGUAGUAUGCCUUAAAAAAUUGGUAAUCGAUUUAGUGUUUGAUAGUUUGUUAAUUACUACAGCCGUCUAUACCUUUGUUUGUUUUUUGGAGUAUUCGGUUUAUUUGUACUAUAAGGAGAUGUUGAGAGAGAGAGAGAAAGAACAUGAUGUGACGGAGUUGGUCACGAAUGAGUGUGUGACUUAAAUUAUGGGGUCCAUUUUAGUAUAAGGCAGAAAGUUGUCGUUUUUCUAACUAUAUUUGUGUUAACUGUUGG